AUGAACAACAACAACAAUAAUACGCCAUUAUCAAAUCGAUCGGAUGGCACCGAUUCAGGAUCGAUGAUUUCUUCUGCUUAUUCUUCUAACAGUAUAUCUUCUACCACAACAUCAUCAAAUCGGUCAUUUCCCCAACAAACUUCAAUGCCAAUGCAUUCUGAUCUAGAUUCAUCGCUAAGCAAUAAUACAUGUGUACCACAAUUUGAUCAACGUCGGCAAAUUAUACAUCAUCUUGCCCUGUUACUUCAUGCGCAUAAGUGUCUUCAACGUGAACGACAAACGCCGAUCAAUGGUGAUGUACAUGACAUAACACUUCAACAUCCUUGUACAGUACCAAAUUGUGCAGCGAUGCGAACUGUACUUCAACAUAUGACAAAAUGUUCUGAUUUUAAAAAUUGUUCUUUUACCAAUUGUGUUCAGUCUCGUCACAUAAUACUUCACUGGAAAAAUUGUGCAACACCAAAUUGUUUUCUAUGUGGUUCGUUAAAAAAAUCACCUGCUGUUCGAUCACAAAAUCCAUCAACAAAAGAAUGGCAAAAAAAUAUAAAUCAGGAUCAUCGAAGUCACUUAGUAAAAAAGAUAACGUCAGCGUUAUUAAAUACAAUUCAACAUGAUAAUAAUUCACUACCACCAGAACGUUUAGCUGUUGUAACGAAUUACGCACAGAAAACAGAAGCUGAUACAUACAAUACAGCUACGAGUCAUGAAGACUAUUUUCAACGUUUAGCCGAACGGAUUUAUAAAAUUCAAAAAGAUUACGAAGAAAAACAAACAUUAAAAAAGCAACAAACAUUGAACACAAUAUUGACAUCGAUUGAUAAAUCAGCUGGCGACCAAGGUCCACCAAAUCGUAUAGCACCACAAAUCGAUUAUUCAACAUCAUUUUUAACAACACAAAUUAAAACCGAGUCAGAUAGUAACUAUCAUUCAAAUUCAACAGCAUUAUCAGGAUCGUUUGAACAACAUCGUAUUUCGACUGAUGCUAUCAGUCGAUUGGCUAUUCACAGUAACAAUUCAAAUGCACAUAAAGAUACAAAUGAUAAUCAUAUUGAUAUCACUAAAAUUAAAACAGAAGAAAUUUCAUCGAACUAUGACACUAAAAUUCAAUCGACCACAAUUGUUAAGAAAGAAGAAAAAGUCACAACAGAAACAUCAAUCAAUGGUAGUAGUAAUAGUAGUAGUACUACUAGUACUAAAAUAAAAGUUGAAAUGAUAUCAAAUGAAAAACCGGACAGUGAAUCAACAAAAAAUAAUCAAUUAGCGACGAUCGAUGCUACAAGUAAAUCAUUACCAAAAUAUCCUGCUGUCUUUUCUCCUGAAGAUAUUCGAGAAAACAUGGUACCUCUAGUUCGUCUUUUGUGUGAACAAGAAGAAGGCAUGUGGUUUCGUCAACCAGUUACAGAAGCUAUGGCACCUGGUUAUUUUGAUAUAAUUAAAUUUCCAAUGGAUUUUUCUACAAUACUUAAAAAAUUAAAUGAAAAUCAAUAUUCAACACCAUUUCAAUUUUGUGAAGAUAUGUGGCUUGUCUUUAAUAACGCCUGGUUAUUUAAUAAAAAAACCCACCGUGUAUAUAAAGCCGGUGUUAAACUUGCUGACAUGUUUAUGGAAAAUGUUGAUCGAAUGAUGAAAGACUAUGGUUAUUGUUGUGGUCGUCAAUAUGUAUUUGUACCACCAGCAAUGUUUUGCUAUGGUAUAAGUGGCAUUUGUUGUACAAUACCACGCGAUGGAGAUUAUUUUGUUUAUAACAAUCCUGAUUCAUCAAGAAACAAUCUGUCGGGUGAUAAAUAUACGUUUUGUAAAAAAUGUUUUGAUUCAGUCAAAUCAGAAUAUAUAUUAGUUGGCGAUGAUCCAGCUCAAACAUUAAUUGAAUUGCCUAAAUUAGAAUUUCAACAAGCAAAAAAUGAUCAUCAAGAACAAGAACCCAUGGUCGACUGUAUUGUUUGUUCAAGACGUUUUCACAAUAUAUGUGUACUUUAUCAUGAACAUAUUUGGCCAGAAGGUUACGUGUGUAAAUUAUGUGUACAACAAUAUAACAUAAAACGAAAAGACAAUCGUUAUGUAGCACAUAAAUUAACAAUGACGGAUUUAGCUAAUGCGUUAGAAAAACGUGUGAAUGAUUUUCUUCGAAACGAAUGCGAUCCAGAUACAGGACGUGUUACAAUAAGAGUUCUAGCUGCCAGUGAUAGAGUAUGUGAAGUUAAAUCAAGAUUAAAGAAUCAUUUUGGAUCACAAAUACCUGCUGGCUAUCCAUAUAGAACUAAAGCCGUAUUUGCAUUUCAAGAAAUUGAUGGCAUAGAUGUCGUUCUUUUUGGUAUGCACGUACAAGAAUACGAUAGCCGAUGUCCAGCACCGAAUGCAAGACGUGUAUAUAUAUCAUAUCUUGAUUCUGUAUAUUAUUUUCGACCAAAAGAAAAACGAACAGCACUCUACUAUGAAAUUCUUAUUGGCUAUCUUGAAUAUGUAAAACAAUUAGGCAUUGUUUAUGCACAUAUAUGGGCAUGUCCGCCCAGUGAAGGCGAUGAUUAUAUAUUUCAUUGUCAUCCCGCUGAACAACGUGUACCGAAACCGAAACGUUUACAGGAAUGGUAUAAAACAAUGUUAGACAAAGCAAUCGAUCAGCGAGUUGUUGUUGAUUAUAAAGAUAUAAUGAAAGACUUUACUGAGACGGCUUUAAAUAAAGUCACUGAUAUUCCAUAUUUUGAAGGCGACUUUUGGACAAGUACAAUUGAAGAUUUACUUAAAGAACUCGAUACAGAAGAAGAAGAUAGACGACGAUUCGAAGAACUCGAAUCAGUAAAAGUAUCUGAUGAUGGAUAUUUUGAUGAUCUAAUGGAAACUGAAGAGCCAACUGAAACAUCCGAUAAACGAAAAUCAGGUAGUAGUACGACGCAUAAAAAGAAAAACUUCAAAAAGACGACUAGUCAACGUCGAAUGACUCGAAAAAAUAUGACAAACGGUAGUGAUCUUAUAUCAAAAAUUCAUACGAUGAUGGAAAAACAUAAAGAAUCAUUUUUCGUUGUUCGUUUACGAAAUCCAAUGUCAAAUCCGGCAAUAUCAGUCGAUACAGAUCCAUUGAUACAAUGUGAUUUGAUGGAAUCUCGUGAUGCAUUUUUAAAUUUUGCUCGUGAAAAACAUUGUGAAUUUUCAACAUUACGUCGUGCAAAAUAUUCGACAAUGGUUUCAUUAAUAGAAUUACAUUCAUCAACAGCCGAUAAAAUUUCCUAUACAUGUAAUGCAUGUCGACAAUUGUGUGAUGUACGAUAUCACUGUACUGUAUGUGAAGAUUAUGAUUUAUGUAGUAAAUGUAAUACAACGAUAAAACAUGAACAUCGAAUGGAGCGUUCAGAUGAUGCAAGUGAAGCAAAAGGCAAUGCAGAUACAACAGUUAAUAUUCAACAGCAAAGACAAUUAGCCAUGCAACGAACUUUAGAUGCAAUACGUCAUGCGGUGAAUUGUCGAAAUGCAAAUUGUAUAUUUAAAAACUGUGCUGUAUGCAAAAGACUGCUUCAACAUGCAAAAGAAUGUACAAAAGCAUCAAGAAAUCAGUGUCAACUUUGUAAUAAAGUUUUUUCACCUAUUUGGCUUCACGCUAAAACUUGUGCGGAUCAAACUUGUCCAUUACCUUAUUGUGCAACUUUUAAAAAUAAACUUCAACGGCAAAGAGCAGCAACUAUGCAAGCCGAUCGAAGACGCGUUAAAGCGAUGCAUCGUGCUAAAAUGGGACCAGGCCCAUCGCCGAUUAGUUCACAAAAUUCUGAAUCAACAACAUCUGGAAAAUAUCAUCAAUCAAUGGAAUCAGUAUCUCCUAGUUCAGCUGGCAAAAUGAUGCCAUCAGGUGGUAAAGGUAGUAAAGGUGGCAAACCUGCAUCCAUGAGUGGACUAGUUCGUACGAAUUUAACACAACAACUGCCAUCGCAACAGCAACCCCAUUCAGCAUAUUAUAAUGGUGGUAAAGGUAAUCCUAACGUUGGUAAUGGAAAUAACGUUGGAUAUUCAAUGAUGAUGGCACACCCUCAACAACAGCCAGCACAACAACAACAACAACAACAACAACAAUGGAUGCCAUCCCAACAGCAAGUUCGUUAUCCAUCACAUGGAGGAAAACCAAUUUCUUAUGGUCAACAAAGAUUACCUUAUGGAAAUGAUCCAUAUAUGAUUAGACAACAAGCACCUCAAGCAUCACCAUAUCAAUACACGUCAAAUAUGGCUACGCCAGGCUAUUCAUAUUCUCAAGCUAUGGAUAUCAAUUCGUUAAAUGUAGUCCGUACGGGGAAACCAAUGUUAUCACAACAACAGCCACAACUACAACAACAACAACAACAAAUGCCUAAUCGAUAUCCAGUCAAUCCAUAUUAUAAUCAACCGACACCGAUGGGAUAUCCACAGCAAUCACAAAUGUCCUCAAUAUCAAAUCGAUCUCUUUCUCAAGGUACAAAUCCUAAUUAUUCAGUAUCAUCAAACAGUGUUGUUAUGAAAUCGAAUUCAAUUGAAUCGAUGGAAUUAAAAUCAGAAGAUUCUUUCGAUGAUUCAUCAAAAUUACAAAUAUCUCAAUCACAACAACAACAACAACAACCAAUGUUUCAUCCUUUACUAACAUCUUGUUCUCGUCCACAAUCUUCGCCCUACUAUCCAAAUAUGUCACCAGCAAGUAAUAAUAAUAAUUAUUAUUCUUCACAACGCCCAUUACCACCGUCACCAUCUGACUAUAAUAUGAGUGCAGGACGUGGUAUUCGAGUACAAAAUGCACCACCAAAUACUUAUGGAGCAUUGCCCGUUCAACAACGAAUGUUUGUACCACCUCCUACAAGUGAUCUUACAACAGGUAUUAUGAAUAAUAACACACUAGGACUUCAAUCAGCAUCAUCUCCAUCAUCUCUAACACCUCAUUAA